AUGCUCACGUUUUGUCUAACGAUCUUCCUGGGUCACGUUGGUGGGAUCUUAUCUCCGGCUAUUCUGGAAACGGUUCAUCACUUCUUGGCAGGAUUCCCACCGCCCGACGAUCUAGUGCUGGAUGAAGACACGGUACCUGGACGGCAUUACCUAUCUUUCGACUUUCUCGUGAUUGGAGCUGGUUCGGCGGGGUCUGUACUCGCGAACCGCCUGACCGAAAAUCCUAACUGGAACGUCCUGGUGCUCGAGGAGGGCAGGGAUGAGAUAUUUCUCACAGAUAUUCCCUUCCUAGCGUCAGCCCUCCACAUCACAGACUAUGCCCGCGUAUACAAGGGUAAAUCUCGACCACAAGACACGUACGGUCGCGGUGGGUACUGUCUCUCGAUGGUCGACGGUCGUUGCAAAGUGGUGACUGGUAGAGCGGUCGGUGGCACCUCAGUAGUGAACUUCAUGAUUUACUCAAGGGGUACAUCGGCGGAUUACGAUGGCUGGGAGGCGCUCGGAAAUCCCGGGUGGAGCUACGAGGACAUAUUGCCUUAUUUCAUCAAGUCCGAAAGAUGCAGGCUGAUCGAUAAAGACAUGAGGUAUCACGGAUACGAAGGAUAUCUGGAUGUCACUACUCCUCCUUAUGCCACUCCUCUGAAAGAAUGUUUCUUGAAUGCUGGCCAAGAGCUUGGUUACGAACUGAUAGAUUACAACAGCGAUAAGUUCAUCGGUUUCUCAACUGUGCAAGCAAAUUUACGAAAUGGUCACAGAGUCAGCGCCAGCAAAGCUUUCCUCAAACCAAUUCGCGACAGAACCAACUUUUAUCUGUCUAAGCUCUCGACAGUAACUAAAAUUGUUAUUAAUCCGCAAACAAAAAAAGCCGAGGGCGUUCAAUUUAUGAGAGGCCAUAAAAUGUAUUUUGUUUCCGCUACUAAAGAGAUUAUACUUUGUGCAGGUACUUUGGGUUCACCACGGUUACUGAUGCUUUCCGGAAUAGGUCCACGAGAUCAUUUGAAUUCAUUAGACAUCGAUGUGAUCGAGGAUCUUCCGGUGGGAUUUAACUUACAAGAUCACGUGAGCAUGUCAGCUUUAACGUUUCUAGUCAAUGAGAGUGUGACUAUUGUCGAGCCACGUUUAGGUUCGAAUCCAGUUAAUUUUGUGAAGUACCUGAUAGAAGGAAAUGGUCCUUUAACUAUACCCGGAGGUGCCGAAGCGAUGGCCCUUGUUAACACCAAAGCUAAUAAUCAUAUGAAAAAAAUACAGAAGGAAAAGUCCAAAUUGAAGUACAUUCACCAUGUAAAUACGCAUAAGUACGACAAGCAGUAUACUGUUCCCAACAUAACUUCCAUCACCAUAAGUCGUAAUGUCUUCAAUAAGAUAUCUUCUCAUACUAACGGGAGCAAGCUGUCAAAGGAUGACUUUCCCGACGUCGAGUUGGUAUUAGGCGCAAGCUCGUUAGCCGGAGAUACUUCCGGCAUUUAUCGCAGUCUUUUAGGAUUAACGGAAGAAUUUUAUAAGGAGGUUUAUGGUGAUUACAAAGGCUUUGAUAGCUUCAUGAUCGUACCUGUUCUUCUGCAACCUAAGAGUCGCGGUAGACUCACUUUGAGAAGCAACAAUCCAUGGGACUCGCCGAUUGUGGAUAUCAAUUAUUAUGAUCAUGAGGAUGAUCUGAAUACAAUGGUGCAAGCUAUAAAAAUCGCGAUUGAAGUGGCUUCCACGAAGGCGUUCGAGCGUUUUAACACUACGAUGCUGCCAGUAUCGUUUCCGGGAUGCAAGCAUAUCGCUUUUAAGAGCGACGCAUACUGGGCCUGCGUCUCCCGUCAGGUGUCGACGACUCUGGGUCACUACGCUGGCACGUGCAAGAUGAGCACCCGGAGGAAUUCGGGAGUGGUGGACCACAGGCUGCGGGUGCACGGGAUCGACGGUCUCAGGGUCGUGGACGCCAGCGUGAUGCCGACUAUAAUCGCUGGUCAUACAAAUGCACCAGUGUACAUGAUCGCUGAGAAGGCCAAUGACAUGAUCAAGGAGGACUGGAAAGAGGUUUGUCACUAG